AUGGACGUCAACCGGGAGAAUUUUGAAUUGGGUUUGCCUGAGUAUUCAAAAGGCUGGAAUGGGACAUUCGAUUUCAUCUUUGUGGAUGUAGACAAGGACAACUAUCUGAACUAUCACAAGAGGUUGAUAGAUUCGGUUAAUGUCAGAGGUGUGAUUGGUUAUGAGAAUAUCCGCUGGGACGGAUUGGUGGUAGCUCUGUCAGAUGCUCUUUUCCGUAAGUGUAAGGUAUUUGUAUUACAGAGAUUUCGUGAUGGAGCUCAACAAGACCCUUGUUGUCGAUCCAAGGAUCGAGAUCUGCCAACUCCCCGUCGGAGAUGGAAUCACCAUUUGCCCUCAUAUCAGCUUAUGCGCCAUGACAAGAGAGCUGACUAG